AUGACUUCCAAGAGCACCACCACCUCCUCAUGGAACCAUCUGAAUUCAAAGAAACCUGCAAGUAGAAAUGGCAAGCUAUCAUCAUCUCGAACAUCCUCUUCUCAGAGUGAAUCUUCAUUACACUCAACAAACAAUCCAUCAAAAAGAAGUGCUCUAUGGUUCAGUGCUCUUCGAUAUGUGGCCAUCACAUUUCCAAUCAUUUUAAUCAUUUAUGGAAUAAUUCUUUAUCAAAUUUAUAGUCAAAUACCACCCAAUCAUGUGGAUCCCUAUUAUGAUGAUUACAUGAUGCAAGUAUAUAGGAAACUUGAUAGUAGUAAUAAUGGUGGUGGUGGUGGUCAUAUUGUGAUUUUCGAAAAAGUGCGAAUAAAAAAUCGACGAUUUUUUCGCGAUUUUUUUCGAGAUCGAAAUGAGCGACAUUGA